AUGUCUCUCUAUGUAGACAAACCCGACACAAUGCAAGGAGAGCGAUUGGAAAUCCGGGCAACGGAUCUCGUACCGAAUACUUUAUACAAGCUGGUCCUGCGGCUCAAACACAAAUAUGGUACUCACAUGUCCUUUGCUGUCUUCAAAGCUGACACAGCUGGUGAAAUCCAUUUACCCACUGCUAAACCACUUAGAGGAACUUAUAAUGAGGCCGAUGCUAUGGGGCUAUUUAUGAGCAUCCAGCCUUGCGAGGAUUUUCCCUAUGGUGGCUAUUUGAAAUGUACUCCACCGCUACCAUUUCUCUAUGAUUUGAUUCUUCUUGAUUCUGCUGACCACGAAUUGGCAAUGGUCCCAAUUAAGAAACAUUGGAUGCAUCCUAGACUGGAACGAACUGAAAUAGAGGAAGACGGAUUUUGCGGAACACUUUUCAAGCCACCAGGUGAUGGACCUUUUCCUACUGUGAUAGACAUUUCGGGAACUGGCGGAGGUCUUCAUGAGCACAAGGGCUCUAUGCUGGCAUCUGAAGGUUUCGUAGUCCUUUGCGUGGCAUUUUUCCAGUAUAAGAACCUUGUAGCAACUUUGGAAGAAGUGGAAAUUGAAUACUUCAGGAGGCCUAUAGAUUGGCUGAAAAGGCAAUCAUUUACAAACGGUCGUCUUGGUAUUCAAGGUGUAUCAUUUGGAGGAACAAUCGUGAACAUUUUAGCGUCGCGCUAUCCUGAGAUCAAUGCAGUAGUCAGCAUUAAUGGUCCACAUGUGCAGAAUGACUAUAUCAAUUUGAAAGAAUAUGGAAAGCUUUUACCUCAGCCCACACUUAAACCCGAUCUCUAUCUGUACUUCAUAAAUGCGAUCUUGGCCUCUGAUAAAGUGCUAAAGAAUGUGGAUGUGAGCGAAGAAGUAGAAAUCCCAUGGGAACACAUACCAAAGGGCACAGCUUUCCGUUUAGUAGGUUCUGUGGAUGAUCUCGUCUCCCCUUCGGUUUUCUGUAGCCGAUAUGUGGCCAAACGUUUGAUGGAAACAGGACAUGAUGUCGAAGUGCAGCUGGUGAAUGGUGGUCACAUUAUGGAACCCCCUUAUUUUCCACAUCACGACAAAGUUUGGACGAAAUUUCAGGGUUUCUGCUGCGGUUAUGGCGGUGAUGUUGUCUUGCAUGGUAAAAGUCAAGAAAUUUCCUGGGCUGCCACUGUCGACUUCUUUUCGAGGAAACUCGGACAACCGGCAGUGAUGCCAGAUUGGAAUCGUCUACAACAUGAAGAGCUGAGAAGUAGUUUGUAACCGCUAUAUUGCUACAUAUUCGCUAUUUAUUUUACUGUACAAACUGUAAUUAUUUCAAAACAUUGUCUUAGGCUUUUUAUCAAAAUUCUAAGUGAUUCGUGAAAAUCAUAUUCUAUCAAUUUGCAAUGCGCUAUCUGUUUGCAAACGUGAAGUAAACUUUAUAAGUUUAGUUGUCAAUG